GGUAUAGAACCUCCUAAUCUACUGAAAACAAACAAGAAUAUCCUGAUUCUGGCGCUUUCUCAACAAUUCAAUACCAUUCACUCUUUCUCUGUAACUCCUCCAUCAUUCAUCAAUGGCGGAACCUCAUCAAUCCACCACCAUUCGCUUCGGCAUCCUAGGCUGCGCAGACAUAGCCCGCAAAGUAUCUCGUGCCAUCCUCCACUCCCCAAACUCCACCCUCUACGCCAUUGGCAGCCGCUCAAUCGAGAAAGCUCGAACUUACGCGGCCGCCAAUGGCUUCCCUUCUUCCACCAAGAUUUACGGAAGCUACGAUGAAGUUCUCGAUGACCCAGAAGUGGAUGCCCUUUAUGUACCCUUGCCCACUAGCCUCCAUCUUUAUUGGGUGGUUCGUGCUGCGGAGAAGAAGAAGCAUAUUCUUGUUGAGAAACCUCCUGCUUUGAAUGUUAAGGAAUUGGAUGUGAUUUUGAAGGCUUGUCAGUCAAAUGGGGUUCAAUUUAUGGAUGGGACUAUGUGGAUGCAUCAUCCUAGGACUAAGAUUAUGGGGGAAUUUUUGAGGGAUUCUCAACGUUUUGGUCAACUUAAGGCGGUGCAAUCAUCCUUCACCUUUUCUGCUGAUGAGGACUUCCUUGAAAAUGACAUCCGGGUAAAGCCCGAUCUCGAUGCUCUUGGUGCCCUAGGUGAUGCUGGCUGGUACUGCAUCAGGGCAAGUCUGUGGGCUGCAAAUUACGAACUUCCUAAAUAUGUGACUGCUUUAAGGUUUCCUAUUAAAAACUCUGCUGGGGUGUUGUUAUCCUGCGAUGCUUCCUUGCACUGGGAAGAUGGCAAAGUAGCCACCUUCCACUGCUCUUUUCUCUCCAACUUAACCAUGGAUAUAACCGCUAUUGGCACCAAAGGCACCUUGCAAGUGAAUGAUUUCAUUAUUCCAUAUAAAGAAGUGGAUGCCUCUUUCUCAACAGUCUCUGAAGCUUGGUUCACUGACAAAGAUUUGGAAUGGAAUCAAAAACCGAGUGAGCACAUUGUUACUACGGAUCUUACCCAGGAAGCUCUUAUGGUUAAAGAGUUUUCAGCUUUGGUUUAUGGCAUAAAACACCAUGGUCUAGCUCCAGAGAAGAAAUGGCCUACUAUUAGUCGGAAAACUCAACUUGUAAUUGAUGCUGUGGUUGCUUCCAUUGACAAAGGCUUUGAGCCAGUCGAAGUAAACUAUUGAUUUCAGUAAUCGCCCUUGUAAUGUAACUGCAAUGCUUGUUUUCCUUUUGUUACCCAUUUCUGGCAAUAAUAAAGAGUAAUUCAUUCUGUAUUAUGGAACUGCUUAAGCAUUCAUGUUUGUUUUUGUCGA